GCACAAUCUGCAACAACAUCCAGCCUGGAAUUAGAUACACAGGGGGAGCCAAAUACAGUCUGAAGAGGAGAGACAUUUAUACGGGGGAGUAGCGCACUGCACGGAGUGAGCGAAGUUUAUUAAUAACCUGUGUGAAUACGGUUUAGAUAUAGGAAAGUGCACCCGUGAGACUCUAGGGGUGCAAACAGGCGGGACUUUGUGUACUCAAGCAGCUGCUGCAGGAUUCUCACACAGGCGGGGCCCAGAGUGCCCGUUUAAACUGCAACCAUUCUUUGCUGCAAGAAAACCUCGGUGAUGACGGAGGACGGCAGCAGCGGGGAUGCUGCAGGGGGCAGCUUUUGGGAGGCCGGUAAUUAUCGUCGUUCUGUUAAACGGAUUGAGGAUGGGAAUCGGUUGUGCAACGACCUUGUUAGCUGCUUUAGAGAGCGUGCUAAAAUAGAGAAAAGCUAUGCACAGCAGCUGAGUGACUGGAGCCGCAAAUGGAGAAGCUCUCUGGAAAAAGGACCGCAGUAUGGGACUCUAGAGAAAGCCUGGCAUGCGUUUCUCACAGCAGCAGACACUCUUAGCGAAAUUCACACCGAGCUACGGAAUCAGCUAUGGGAGGAGGACAGCGGGAAGGUUCGGGAUUGGCAGAAAGAAGCGUAUCAUAAACAGAUGAUAGGAGGUUUCCGUGAAACUAAGGAAGCAGAGGACGGGUUCAGCAAAGUUCAAAAACCUUGGGUGAAAAAACUCAAAGAUGUGGAGGUUACUAAAAAGCGGUACCAUGCAGCUCGUAAAGACGAAAGGGCGGCACAGAUACGAGAAGAACACUCCAAGGCGGAUGCCUCUGUAUCACAGGAACAGAUACGCAAGCUACAAGAUCGUGUGGAAAAGUGUAACCAGGAGGCUGAGAAGGGGAAGACUGCGUAUGAGAAAGCUUUAGAGGAGCUGAAUCGAUACAACCCUCGUUACAUGGAGGACAUGGAGCAGGUGUUUGAGAGCUGUCAAGAGGCUGAGCAGAAACGCCUACGCUUCUUUAAGGAGAUGAUGCUGGAUAUACACAAUCAUCUCAAUCUUUCAAGCAGAGAAAGCUUCCACGCCCUUUACAGGGAUCUGUACCAGGGCAUCCAGGCGGCGGACGACCAUCAGGAUCUGAAGUGGUGGCGAAACACGCACGGACCAGGAAUGGCCAUGAACUGGCCUCAGUUUGAGGAGUGGUCCCCAGAGACACAGAAGACGAUUACUAAAAAGGAACGCAGUAAUAAGAGUGUGGAUGAAGUGACUCUCACCAGCAUCUUGCCAGCACGGGAUGGCGUGCCACCUGGGACUCCAACUCCAACCCAACAGCUGAACAGAGGGUUUUCCUACGGUGAAGAAGACCAUGAUUUCUAUGCCAGUCUAACAGACACCCCACGUUCAGAUGCUGCAAAGGAUGAUGCAUCUGAGUGGUCAGACGAUGAAAGUCCUAAAAAGACGCUGGACAGUAAUGGUCAAGAGGUGUCACAGGUAGAGGGCGUGCGUGUGAGAGCUCUUUAUGAUUACUCUGGACAGGAAUCUGACGAGCUGAGCUUUACGGCAGGAGAGGAGCUCAUAAGACUUGGUGAAGAAGAUGAACAGGGGUGGUGCAGGGGGCAUCUUUUAUCUGGGAGAACUGGACUCUAUCCCGCAAACUAUGUAGAGAACAUUGUUUCUUAAGGAGAACCGGCCUUGCACAUCCCUUCAAGCUGUGUGUGCGUGAACGGACAUCAAGAACAUUGGAUCUUUAAAUCAAAAUCAUUUGCUGCUUUUACCAUUUUAUUUUAGACAUGUAAGGUUUUUUUCUUAAUAAAAAUAAUUAAGACUAUUCGAUUAUGCUGCUUCCUCUGCAGCAGUGUUGGGUUGGUGACAGAGGUGUAGGGCAAGCAGCACUUUAUACCUGGGAAUACACUUUAAAGCACCUAGCUGUGUAACCCCUUGAUAAACUAACCUCGUCCAUAACCAGCAUAAAUGCUGAUAUAUUUUUUUUAUUAUAUUUUUUUAUAUAUAUGUAUUGGCAAAAGCGAUUUAAGGGCCAUAUUUUAAAGUGCUGCCAAUAACUGCCGUUUCUAAAACAAACAAAAUAAAGAAUUGGAUUUAAGGCCCUUUCUACCCACUGACAAAAUGCAGCAUGUCAUAAAAUAGGUAGUGUGCUUCAAUACAGGUAGUGAGGUCUGCCUAGUAAGAUUUCACUAUAUUUCAUUCCGAUCAUAAACAACUAUAUUAUUCCCAAAUGCAACCAGAUGCCAACCUCAACCCAUAGUGUCCGCCAUGUGCGUUUACCAUUGUCUUCCAGAAAGAGGCCAGAGGAGGGUGUUUUAGACUGUUGUGCUUUUAUAACCCCCUGGUUACCAAAGUGGAUAGCAAAGCAUUACUCUGCCAUGCGUUGACUGGCUUGGCAGUCAAAAUAUUAAAGGAUUUUGUUACGGUUUAGUUUUUUUUUUUUUUUCUGUCAAAUGAGAAUUAGAAUGUUUCAUUGACUUUGUUACAUUGUUGUUUGGGGAGAGAAGAGGGGCAGUAAUGAUAGGUGUAUUUCCCUCCCACAUUCACUAAUAAAACGAAUUGGAAGUUUGUAUUGCUUUUUCCAGUUUCAGCUUUUGGUUCAGUCAGUGAAUGACCUUAGCAGAAUAAUGUGUUUUGCUCUGGACAAAUAAGUGUUUAACUGAAGAAAGUUAAUACUGUGUGCCAUCUCAUCAAGCAAGUGACCUUAUUGUGAAAGAUUUAUUUUGUAUUUAAAUAAUUAUAAUAAAAAAACAUGUGGUUUUUAUGUUCA